AUGGAAUCCUCCACCGGGCCCAAAUACUGCAGCGUGGCCACAACUCUGAAGGCCUCUGGCUGGGACCAUACUGCUCCGCUCUGGGACCUCUCCUUCACCUGCCCCUUUGCCCUCCGAACGCCCUGGCUCACCAGGCACCACCCCCCGACAAGGUGUGCCUCUUAUCACCCGUGUCUCCACUGUGCUGACCCAGCAUGGCGGGGACCUGGCUGGCUGGAAAGAGCUGGAGAUGCUGCUGCCACUAGGGUCCUGGCAAGAAGGGAACCAGAUGGCUGUUAUUACCUGGCUCAGAUAAAGGCCGCUCCAGAGCUGGAGAGACAGGGGACCCUGCUUGUGGAAUACGAAGCUCCCCUAGUCACAGGCCCAAAGCUACCAGCUCGGCAGCAGAGUGUGGUCUUAGAAGAAGACGUUGUUCGGCUCUCACCAUCUGUGGGAUAUGCAUUGCACCCGGGGGACAAGGUGCUCGCACCCUGGGAGCCAGACCGACAGCGAUAUGGCCCUGGCACUGUUGUCCUGGGCUUGGAGGCGAGAGACCCCCAGAGAGGGAAAGUGGCCUAA